AGUAGAUUUGGCGUAGUUUGAGUGUAGCAGCUCGUCAAUUUGUAAACACCACGAUAAUUUCUCCCAAAACCUCCACUCCUGAUGGCUUAUUUCUAAUUUUGGUGCUGUUCCUUUGAGGAAGUGGAAGUAGUUCGAAUUUUAUUGAAGAUUCGGCUUAUUGAUGGUCUAUCAGCUUUAUUAAAGAAUCCGCUUCUUUUGACUUGUCUAAAAGUUUGUUUCAACAUGUUUCAACGUUACUUACGGUUACCCGCCAUCUGAGCCUCAAACUCAAACAGCUUCACAAUGGCCACCCUCGCGAUCGGCGCAGUUGGGCUCGCCACGAAGGCUCAUGCUGCGUAUAAAACUUACGAGGCUUCCAAGGACAUCAUCGACGCUGCUGUCGAAACCAAGGAGCGCGCAGAGAACAUCGACCUCGCGCGUACCGACGCCCGGCAAGCCUCCAUCACCGAGGUCGACAUUUUCUGCUGCCAGCUCGCCCGCAUCGCGUACUUUCCGAAGGGGGAACGGAGAAACGUUUUGAACAAUUUAGGGUUCCACUUGGUAAUCGAGAAAACCAGAUGGUUCAUCGCGAUUAAGACGCAUAGAGGCGGGGAGACAAAGACAAGGCAAUUUCCGUCUCUCGGUUUCAUAGCGUUCCGGGGCACCGCAAGUCUCCGCGACGUGAUCACGGAUCUCGCUGCGAAACCGACAAUUCCGAUCGGCACUUACUCCGCAAGUGAUAACUUCCAGACCGCCUUUUACCCGAAAACCCAGUUUCUCUCCGGGUUCUUUUUGAAUAUCGUGCAGAACUACAAGUUGCGAUACGCGCUGGAGCAGUGCGGAUUGAUCGCAAACAAGGCGAUUUCGUCCGGCUCGGAUGAAAGUGAAGUAGCAAAGGAAUUGCGCGGAAAUGAUGCUGAGUACAAGUGCGACUUUCCAUCCGAGUUCGUGUCCCCCGUUCGAGGCGCUGGGAACGAGUUUACUGGCGUGAAUGACUGGUACUUUUGCGGGCACUCGCUGGGCGGCGGCUCGGCCCAGCUUGCGCUGGUGUUGCUGCAGAAAGGAAUUUUUGAGGCGAGCGAGUUUUUCCCAGCGGCGGUCGAUCCGAAGAUGAAGCUGCAAACGAGCUUGACGACGUCCGCGAGUGGCGGUUCAGUUGCCGGUGGUGGAAGUUCUUUUGCGUCGUCUGCUGCCAAUUUGGCAUUAUCGAGCUCCGCGUCGGGCUUGGGCUCUCGCUUUGCUGAUAACAGCGAUGAGGAUGACAGCGACGACGAAGAAUCCCAAGAUGCAAAAGAGAGAAAGAAGCUUCAGGCGGAGAAACAAGCCGCGCGGCGAGAACACCAGAUGCAGCAGGCAAGUGUUUUGUACGAGGCUGGAAAAAAGUGGCUCGCGGCGCACAGCAGCACCAACUACUACAAGGAAGAAAAAUCCACCGUGCAGAGGACGAGUUUGCAACCGUGCUGCGGGACAUCGGGUGUGCGGGUGCAGGCUAUUGUUUUUGCGUCUCCCCCACUGUACUUUGACCCGAUAGGGUUCUUAGACGACGCAGAGUCCUUCCCAAGAGGCGUUUCGGGGAAGGACGAAAUGCGGAAACUCUGGUUGCUCGACAAGAACCACCCCAUCAAGGCGUUUGUGUACGGCAUGGAUCCGGUGCCGCGCUUAGACCGCCAGUCGCAUAAUCUGUUUCUGAAACUCGUCACGCACUAUCUGCCGUCCGCGAAGAAAAAGAUCAAGUCUCUGGACAACUACACGCACUUUCAGCACGAGAAGUCGGUGUGGAUAAUCCCGGAGAAAGGAAGUGGAAGCUUUGGGAGUAUGACAUCGUUGGAGAAUUUGGAGACUACGUGGGAAUAUGGAAAGGAGUACGGGAUGAAGGCUGCGAAGAAGGCGAAGAAAUAUUUGGGAAAGAAAGCGGAGAUAGCAGCGAACGCAGCGAAGGAAAAAGCGGCACAAGCAACGGAGAGAGCGAAGGCUUGGUGGAACAGCAGUGGCGGGGACGAGCAAGGAGACGACGAUGGAGAUCAGCAUGGGCGGGAUGAAACGGAUGAAAAGCCCGACUUCAAGGACGGCGGGGGAGCCACUCAUCCUGAAAAGCCGAAAGUCGCUGCACCGAUCGUUCCGCAGCCUGGCGCCCCUACGAUUACGAAGGACUCGUUCACUCCCCUCGUCGCAGCCACUCCGAUCGCCACUUCACAAAAAGGUGGCGCACAAGCCGCCGCCGCUGCUUCUACGCCCGAUUCGGCCCCGGCUCCCCAGAAACGCGGCAUCUUCAGUUGCUGUUGUGGCGGCAGCCGACCACCGCCAGCGGUCAAUGGGACAAAUCUUUCUGCCGAGGGAGAGGCCUGCGUACCUCAGACCGAGGGGGAGCUAUCUUUUGGGGGACUGAUGGGAAAGAAGUUGGGGAAUCCGGAGGUGGAGGGAGGCGACGAUGCAGAUGACGUCGGUCCGCCGAAAACGAGGGCAAUUUGGUUAGACCCGGAUCCGGAGGAGAAAUUCUCAAGAAAACAUUUGCUGCACGUUAACGACAGCGCGCCGACUCAUCACGCACUCGAUAAGUACGAGUUGGGGUUUAUGAAUCACUUCGAUCUUCACGACACGUUCGAGGAAAAAAGUCUGUGUGAAUUGCCGCUGGAUGGAUUCGGAGAUAAGGGGUGA